AUGGCCGGGUUGGGGAUAGCGUUAAGCGGAACUCUUAGCGACCCGCAGUUGGCGCUGCAGCAGUUCCAGUGGCUGGAACGAGCGUCGUGCGCUCUCACCAAGUUCCUUCCUCUUCUAGCUACGAGCAUACGGGACGGCGCUACUGCUAACAGCGCUGCGAGCACCAGCACCAAGGCGCUUCAGAAGACCGUCGCGGAGCAGGCAGCAGCAACUGCCGGCUCGCCGGGUUUCGUUGCACAGAUGCUUUCUGCCAUGUCGGAGCCGCAAGGCGCCGUGGACGGAGCAGACGCGUCGGACGAGCCCGCGUCGCAGCAGCAGCAGCAGCAGCAGCAGCGGAAGAUUGCUGAAGAGGAGGAGGACGCGGCAGCGCUGUUCCAGAGCCUGCAGCGCGACAUUGGCAUGGCGCCAGGCGAUGAGGGCAGCGACUCCACCGUGCUACAGCCUCUACAGCCGUUGUCGCAAUCGCUGCCACCAGGUCACGUUCUUGACAUAGCUAUUCCGGAAGGAGCGCCACCAGUGGAGUCUGUCUACGCAGGGGACAAUUGCAUCAGCGCUGCACCAGUGGAACUUGGUGCUGCUGCUUCAACGGAUGCAGCAUAUGCGUUCCCCAUCGGCUCUGCUACUUCCGUGGUCGACAAAGAUAAUCUCAAUGCGCCAAGGCCUCUCUCGUUCCACCAGGACAUGGCUGGUCACAACAGCAUGUGCAUGGAUAAGGGACCUGGGAUCCCUGCUGCUGCGCUGCUCGACAGCGUGCCAUACGCAAUGCUCGCCGGAAACUCGGGAUCCCUGCUUGGGUCUGCUAUCCAGAAUUUCACUGUCCCGUACCUGGUGCUGGAACACUCUCAGCCUAAGCUCCCCCAUGUGACGUCUACUGCAGUGGCGACGUCGCUGCUUGCACACCUGGCUGGGUCCCAUCCGUCCAGCCCCGCAUCAGAGACCUCUUCUGCGCCUGUUGUCGAACCUGCUGCCUUGCUUCCUCGCUACAAAGGACCCCACUAUAAGGGAGUUCGCCAGAGAAGAAGCGGUGCUCCGCGCUUUGAGGAGGAUGCAAGAGACGCAGGAAACGCCCAGUGA